AUGGCGCCAGCAAGGCCUCCCCGACCACGGUUGGUGAGGCCCAAGGAGAUCCCCCGUAUAUCGGAUUCCCCACUCCCGAAGCCAAUGUACCUUCUACACAACCUUGCCCACAUUGAGCUGAAUGCCAUCGACCUUGCCUGGGAUACAGUUGUGCGCUUCUCCCACAUGCGCCUGCAGAAUGACUUCUAUGGUGACUUUGCAAGAGUUGCAGACGAUGAGAGCAGGCACUUCGGAUGGUGUCUCCAACGAAUGGCUGAGUGUGGGCACGGCUAUGGGGACAUGGAUGCACACGACAUGCUUUGGGACUCGGCGCUCAAGUCGAAGUCGGACUUGUGCGCCAGGCUGGCGAUCAUUCCCAUGUCGCAGGAGGCAAGGGGUUUGGAUGCUGGCCCAAGGCUAGUCCGCAAAUUGACAGGCCUGUGCGAUGUGCGGUCAUCCAAGAUCGUGGCCCGCAUCGCACAAGAGGAGAAGGCGCAUGUGGCAGUGGGCGUGGCAUGGUUCACAAGGGUGUGCGAUGCGCUUGGUGAGGACCCGGGCUGCGUCUUCCGGGCAGAGUUAGCUGCCCUUUGUCCGGACCUGCUCAAAGGGCCCUUCAAUCACGAGGCCCGGGAGGAGGUGGGCCUGCAACGGGGAUGGUAUGAUCGAGGCAGUUGGGUGGACGGAAGUGAUGGUGGUGGUGGGUUGGACGAGGAUGCAUUGUGCACAUUGCGCCAGCGUCUCGGGCAAAUCCUGGAAGUCGAAAUGCCACAUGCAUGCUCUUGA